CGGCGCGAAGCUGAAGCAGGGUACAUUCUACUGAAAGUCGUGCGAUGGGCAGAGCGAGAGGGGUUAAAGAAGAAGCUUGGUCAUAAUGCGAAGAAUGAUUCAACGACGGGGGACGAAGCACACCAAAAAAUUUUCAACCGACACGUUGUACCAUGUCGGAAGCGAGAUAUGCAGCGAACAUGUAUGAAUAUGGAGCACAACGGUGGCGAACACAAAAAUGGUGGGGCAAUCAUGAAGGAUAAUGAAGGCACCCGCAAACACGUAGAGUACAUCACCACUUAUAAAGAGAUGAUUAUGGGAGAUAUAAGAUUUGACCGUUCUCCCGAGCUCUCCUUGGUCGAGGAGACGAUGACUCGGAUCCUAUGGGUGGACAAGCAAGAACGUCUUUCGAGUGGGCCUCGCCUGCAGAAGUGGAUCAGCGCCUCCGAGUCUUGUGUGGUGAUUGACAAGUCACAAGUCUCAGCGCGCUACCGUUUGACACGACAUUCGUCCCCUGAGCUCCGAUGUGUAACCUUGAGGACUACAGGGAAGUGAUUCUAAGGCUCAUUGAAGGAGCAGCCGGGUCCUCUUCUCUCAAUUUUACUCCAUACAAGAAAGAUCGCACAGCCCGGCUGUGGAAUGCAGACAGUGACUUCUGAUAAGACAUCAUGAGUCAGGUUCCUUGGUUAUUCGUGUGUUCAAG